AUGCGAUCUGGGCUCAGCCUUCACCUUCUGUGCCACCUGAGCGCCAUAGGCCUGGCGCGCUGGUGGUGGGCGCCGCCCGCUGCGCCCCAGCCUCCGCCACGGGCGGAGCCGCCCGCGCGGGCUGCUCGCGUGGCGGGCUCGAGCGAGGUCGAGGACGAGGCCACCCUCGUGCCCCUGCCCGAGUGCCUGGCCGCGGCGCUGGAGGCGAGGGGUCCGGGCCUGAUUUGUCCUGACCCGUGUACCCCUUGCCCGGCCUGCGAGGCAGGCGAGGCGGGCUGGACGCUCCAGCUGGGCAUCGGGCUGCUGGGCUACCUGCUGUUGGAGGCGCUGAAGGCGGUGGUGGGCUUGGCUUCAAGCGCGGCACGGGCCGUCCUACCGGCGGCGCGUGCGGGGCCUGCUGCCCUCGGCGAGCCGACGCUGGACCAGGGCGUGGAGCCGGACCUCGACAAGCUCGCGGCCGAGCAGGCCAAGGCCAGCCGGAGCCGCAGCCGCUACAUCCUGACGCCGGACUUCGACGACUACGACGAGCCGAACGCGCCGGGGCCUGACGUGGCGGCGGUGGUCCGCCUAGCGGGGCAGGGCGCCAACCCCCCAGGCCUCGCGGGCGGUCACGUGUACCGCUUCAGGCGGCUCCCGACAGCGGCGGAGGCCUGGGGCGCGGUGGGGCGAGCAGUGGCAGCCGGCUUCCCGCCGCCGCCCCCGGGAGCGCCGAUGCUGGACCUCGCGGCCGGCAAUGUCCUCGGGGUGGCGGCCGGGCCGCACGCGCUGGCCAACCCGGCGGCGGCUGCGGUGCCGGUCCCUGCGGCUGCUGGCGCGCUGGUCGAUGCGCCGGCCGCUGCCGCGCCCGCCGCCGCCGGCGCGGCAGGAGGCGGUCUCGCCGGCCUCGUGGCGGCCCUCGGCGGCCCCGCUGGCGGGCCUGGGGCAGCGGCGGCUGCUGGCGCGCCGGCCGCUGCGGGGGCACUGGCCGCUCCUGCUGUGGAUCCGGGCGCGGCGGCGCCAGCCGCGGACGCGGCGCCUGCCGCCGCCGGAGGUGCUGCCCCAGCCGCACCGGCGGCGCCUGCCGUGGUCGGCGUCGGGCCAGCUGCCGCCAACGCGCCUGAUCUGCGAGUGCUGGCGGCCACACAUGAUGGGCGUGGCCAACGGUUCUUGGACUUCCGCGAGGGCCUGCUGGCGCAGUCGGAGCACGCGUGGGCCGACUUCCCUGUCAGAGGACCGCGGACCACGCACUGGGUACUGCAGUACAUCCAGCGGCACGGCGGUACUCCCCUCGCGCGGCACUCGCGCUGGAGGAGCGAGAACGGGCUCGAUCCAGAUGACGCUGGGGUCGAGGUUCACUUGCUGUGUAGUCGCCUCUUGGAGACCAUGAUCUCGUACGAUCAGUUAAAUGCCUGUGACUUGGCCUGUGCCGAGCUGAUCGCGAGGACGCUCCAGGUGGCGGUGCAGAAGGAGCUCAGGAAAGCCCGUGAAGAGCGUCAGUUGGCUGGUGGCGCGGCGGGCGGCCACGACAAGGACAAGGGCAAGAAAGGCAAGAAGGGCAACAAGGGCGAGGGGUCGGCGGCGCAAAGCAUCGGCCGGAUGUUCCUGAUGGGCGGCACCGUGACAUCUUUCCUCUUCCUAUUCCUGACUAUCUCGAAGCCUCACCUGCUGCUGGCCCUCUGUCGCGUGCUGUGCGUCGCCGGGUUCUCCGUGCCGAACACGAUAAGCACCUCGUUCGUGAAUGAGCUCGAGAGCGUUCGCAACUUGUUGCCAUUGCUGUGCGUGGACCUGCAGGCUGAUUGGCAUCCCUACGUUGCGUGUACAGACGCGUCGCCGUUCGGUCUCGGAGUCGUCCGCCGCAAGAUGAGCCCGGUCCAGGUCCAGGAGCUAGGUCGGCAGAAGGAGAGGUUCCGUUUCAAGAUCGAGGGUGGUGCUCAGGGGGCGCGGACGUCCCGGGCGCCGGCGGCAUCCGCUCUGAAGCGCGAGCGGGCCCAGGCGGCUGCACAGGUGGCUCGGGCUGCGCUGCGGUUCACCGGGCUGUCGACCCUGGAGAAUGCCGCGAUCCUGCCCUCGACGGCCAGGAACUACCAGAUGGCUCUCGAGGCCUUUGCGGCCUUCUGCUCGACUCGCCGCCGGGACUGGUGCUCGACAUCGGAGCUGGACGCGCUGCUGGUGGAGUACUUCGACCAGAUGUACCUCCUGGGCGAGAACGGCAACACGGGGUCCCAGCUCCUGGCGGCGCUCAGCCAUGUGAUGCCGGUCUUGUACAAGGCGGUGCCUCGGGAGUCGAAGCUGCUCGCCGAGCUGCACUGGGUCCCUGCCACCACGCUGUCGUUCGGCAAGUUGGUCGAGGCGAACUUCAGGGCGGUGAUCGAGGGCGCCCUGGCCGGCGGCCCGCAUCCGCUGCGCUCCCAGCUGCCCGCCGCCCUGACCAGCCUGGUCGCGGCGCCGCCGCUGAUUGCGGCCCCGGGGGCCGUGCGGGCCCACAUGCUGGCUGCUUUCAGAAAGGCCGUGAACGCGGGGCGGCUGCACAGGCGGUUUGUCUUCGUCGAGCUGUUCUGCGGCAAGGGCUGCAUCACGGCAGCGCUGAAAUCCGACGGCUUCUCGGCAAUCGGGUUCGACAUCGGCCGCGGUGCUCACGAGAAUCAUCUGGUGCAUGAGUUUUUUGGGGUGCUUCAUGGAUGGGUCACAUCCGGCUGCAUAGCCGGCAUCUGGCUCGGGACGCCUUGCACGACGUGGAGUCAGGCUUUGCGCCGGCCUCUGCGCUCGCGGCGGCAUCCCAUGGGGCUGCCUGGGCUUUCGGCGAGCGAGCUGGCGAGGCUGGAGGUAGGCAACUCGACCUUCAGAUUCACGUGCAAGGUCAUCCGCCUCGCUAUGAAGUGGAAAGUUGCUGUGUACCUUGAGAAUCCCGCGGGCUCCUUGAUGUGGCACGCUCCUGAACUGGCCCGGCUUUUGCGGGCGCCCUGCGCCCAGAAGAUCCAGCUUCACAUGUGUCAGUACGGGGCGCCGUGGAGGAAGGCGACCAGCGUCGCCGCCUGGAAUUCGCUGCCGUUGCUGAACCUCAGUAUCCGUUGCUCUGGUCGAUCAG